AUGGGGGAGGCAAGUCCAGGCAUUAGUUCGGGUCAGCCUACACCGGCGGGGGUACCCAUCGCAGCGUCAGCAAUGCGUCUAGACAUAGACAAGAGUAUCUGUCACGGCAAUCAUGUUCUGGUGAGACGGUUUGUAUCCAAAUUGGAACAAACAGCACCGGUGCCCAUACUAACUCUGCACAAAAUGAGAGUAGGCAUACAUGAUCAACAGCCAGCGUCGCAGCCACUAGUAGAUGCGGAGCUCAAACGACGAUUUGGCCAAGCGAUCGACGAUUGCGGUGAUGAUGAGGAAGACAAACUUAUCCAAAUCAGUCUGUACAUUAGUGAGCUAGAGCUCAUGCGUUCACGUUUAGGCGAUCCGAUAACGAAUCAUUUCUUAAGAAAUUACUCAAGACCUCAGAAUUUCCAAAGAUGCCGAAGGAUAGCUUCUUUAGAUUGGAAAAUUGUGAGGACAUCAUAG